UGUCAAUUCUGGUGAUCAUGCUGUUGGUUAUGUUGAUUCGGAUUUUGCCGGUGACCACGAUAAGAGGAGGUCUCUGACAGGUUAUGUCUUUACUCUGUCCGGAAGUGCCAUUAGUUGGAAAGCUACUUUACAGGCUACAGUUGCGCUGUCUACAACAGAAGCGGAGUAUAUGGCCAUUGCUGAAGCUGUGAAGGAGGCAUUGUGGAUGAGAGGUUUGCUUUGUGAGCUUGGUCUUGCACAGGGUGUGAGUUCAGUAUUUUGUGAUUCGCAGAGUGCUAUACAUUUGACUAAAAAUCUGAUGUAUCAUGAGAGGACUAAGCAUAUCGAUGUCAGGUAUCACUUCGUUCGGGAUAUCAUCUCACAGAAGCAAGUUGAGGUGAAGAAAGUGGGUACGGCAGAUAACCCAGCAGAUAUGUUGACUAAACCGGUUCCGGUUGCCAAGUUCAAGCAUUGCUUGGACUUGCUUGGUAUUUGCAGUUGAUCGCCCCUCGGGGGCAUUUGGCGAGUGAGAGGUUAGAAGGGGAUAGCUAUAUUUGGUGAUUUAGUUCGGUGGAAUUCAAGUCAAGGUGGAGAAUUGUUGGGAAUGCCUUGUAUUCUUUAGUCCCACAUUGGUUAAUUAUGUUGUUCCCGUUUUUGUAGCCUAUUAUAAAUAAGGCUUUUGGGGUACUUCUAGAAAUAAUCUUUUGGGCUUUCAUAUUGUGGCCUUUCUAGAGUUACGGAUUAUAGCCGGCUCUUUGUAUCUCUUCUUCACGUUGGUUAGUGAAUCCUCUCUCUCCUCGCCCGUGGACGUACCUAUCUUGGGGAACCACGUAUAUCUUGUGUCUUUGUGAUUUCUUGUUUAGUUUUCAAUUUCUCGUUCUUAGCUUGCAUUCAUAGCGUUCGUUACAACAGUUACAGCUGACACUUUCUGGUAACAACCUUAAUGGGAGCAUACCAAUACAACUUUUGACGGUCUCUUCACUGUCAAUUAGAUUGGAUCUAGCUCGCAACAGUUUGUCUGGAUUCUUACCACUUGAGGUUGGAAACCUCAAUCAUUUAUCAGAAAUCGAUAUCUCCGAGAAUGGUUUGUCUGGUAAAAUUCCAAGCACUCUUGGUGCGUGUGUCAGCCUUGAAUACCUAUAUCUGGAAAAAAAUUUCUUUGAAGGAUCAAUUCCUUCAUCAAUUUCAUCCUUGAGAGGUAUUCAGAAUUUGGACCUUUCCAACAACAACUUAUCCGGUCAAAUUCCGAGAUUUUUAGAGACAUUUAUUUUGCUUCAGAAUCUCAAUUUGUCUUUCAACAAUUUUGAAGGCGAGUUACCAAUGAAAGGUGUUUUUACACAUGCAAGUGCAAUAUCAGUUGCCGGAAAUUAUAGGAUUUGUGGUGGCAUUUCCAACCUACGACUACCUCGGUGCACCACAGAGAAAUCGAGAAAAAGGAUGUCUUUUUUACAAACACUUGGAAUCACAGUAGCUUUGGUAGCAAUCCCAGUAGCUUUGGUACCCAUUGGAUUAAUCGCGGUAUCAUCUUUUGUUAGAGUAUCCACGGUAUCUUCUUUCCUUAUAUGUCGUUUGUUCAAGAAGAAAAGAAAAACCAAACCUACAAUUACAUUGUUGAAAGAUUCAUUCUCAAAAGUCACUUAUGGAGAACUUCUCAAAGCAACUAAAGAUUUCUCUUCUAGGAAUCUUCUUGGGUUUGGAAGCUUUGGCAGUGUUUAUAAAGGAAUUAUUGACCAAAACGGGAAGUUAAUUGUGGCGGUCAAAGUAUUUGACCUUCAAACUCGUGGCGCUACCAGGAGUUUCGUGGCAGAGUGCGAAGCCUUAAGGAAUGUUCGACACCGACACCUAGUUCCCAUCUUAACUUCUUGUUCUAGUGUUGAUUUUCAAGGGAAUGAGUUUAAAGCUCCAGUUUACGAGUUCAUGUCCAAUGGCAAUCUAGAUGAUUGGUUGCAUCCAAUUCCGAAAGCAAAUGAUUUGGAACAUGGGUUUGUGGGACUCAAUCUUCUACAAAGUGUAAACAUUGCCAUAGAUGUGGUUUGUGCACUCGAUUAUCUUCAUCACCAAUGCGAAAGGCCAAUUAUUCAUUGUGAUUUAAAGCCGAGUAAUAUCCUUCUCGAUGGUGACAUGGUUGCCCAUGUUGGAGAUUUCGGUCAAGCCAGAUUUCGUGCAGAGCUCACCAGCAGUCCAAAUACAUGUAGUUCAACGGCAAUAAGGGGAACCAUUGGAUACAUAGCUCCAGAGUAUGGACUUGGAAAUGAGAUAUCAACGAGUGGAGAUGUUUAUAGUUAUGGGAUCUUGUUGUUGGAGAUGAUAACAAGGAAGAGACCUACUCACAAAAUGUUUGGGGCAGAUCUUAAUCUUCAUAACUUCUCAAAGAUUGCCUUCCCGCAACGUGUGAUGGAGAUUGUAGACCCUGUGCUCUUAGCGGAGGACAGACAUGACAGCAUUAUGGUGGAAAAUUUGAUCUCCAUUGUAAAAAUAGGAUUGGCAUGCUCAACAGAGUCCCCAAAAGAUCGAAUGAGUAUAAAGACUGUACUCCACGAACUACAUCUGGUCAAGAACAAAUUUUGAAAGGUAAGCAAUUGAAGAUCUUACUCAAUAUUUUGAACCUUGUCCUUAUUUCUGACAUUAGAUUUAAUCCUCCAUGGUUUUACCUUGCUAGGGCGACAUGAAUUGCUAGACAAUGUUGAUAAUUAGGAAGUGUCUAAAUUAGCAUAGCUGACCUUGAUGAUCCCGGAGGACCAAUGCCACCUUUCAUUAGACAAUGUUGGAAGCAAGCAAGAAACGGAUCUUCUUGCAUGGCAAUGCCCACCAUGACCCUGCAGUAUGGGUAUUUUGAUUAUAAAGCAAGAUUCAAGUUAAUUAAUGUUGUGGCCAACAAUGUUUUCAUUUUAAACUUGAUGAAUUAUAUGUUAGAACCACAUAACCAAUGCUUUCAUAAGUUCUCUAAGUAUAUAUGCCUUCGACUUCUCUGAACCUGUUGGGUUCACCUCGUUUAUAUUUGCUUACUUUUUCAAAUGCUAUUUCGUAUUUACUGUAUCUAUUCAAUAUGGGCAAAAAAAGCAAGUAUACGAUGCUCCGCAUUGGGUUUUUUUUUUUUCUUUUUUUUCCAGUUAAUCUUUACAUUCUUUGCUCUUCGUAAUGCUCUCGUUGAGAUAACAAAAAGUGCACAGUUUGUGUUUAGGAAGAAGAAGAAGAAGAGGCAAAUUAGCCAAGAUGCCCAAACAGCUUGAAGCUUCUUUAAAGAAAUGAGUAAUGCCAUGAACACUAAACAGGGAAAAGCCAGCAAGGAAUCAUUUGGGUUGGGUAAACUAUAUGCGACAAAUUGGAUAUUAAUUUGCAUAUGGUAGUGGCAAAUUAGAACUAUUCAGUGUACGAUUCAAUUUAACUUCUACCGUUGGGAGCUCUUAUACCAUAGUUCAAACCAAAAAUCACUUUUUGGGGAAGAAGUUUUGAUGAGAUAGAUAAAAUCCUGCACGCCCAACCAGUAGAAUAAUUUUUCUUUAGUAGCAAACUUCGUGUAUUCUAGAGCCUCGUGCCUUUGAAAAUGUCGUAAUAACUUUUAACACGGACGAAGCCAAGUCUAAACUAGAUGUUCUUCCUGCAAAUCUGGAACAAACUAGUGCUUCAUGAGCUGAAUGGACCAGAUUCUUGGAGGGAUAUAAUUGAAUGUCUUUUUCAGUGUUUAUCAUAUAUUCUAUGGAAUUCAAAAGGUGUCAUUUUGACGGUCGGUUUAAUUUCUCCUUGGUAAUUUUACCUUGAUAGGGAAGCAUUGAUUGUUGGGGACAGCAGAAGUAUGAAUGGAUUUGCCCACCAAAUUAUAAAUAUAAUUGAAUGAUUUGUGCAGAGAAUAUGAGAGAAUUUUAUUAACACAAAGUGUUUACAAUGAUUUAUGAAUUAUACAAAGCUGCUGCUCUUGUAUUUGCUUCUAAACUUCUCUGAUCUUCUUUCUUAUAUCUAUCUCUCAGAUUUUCUUCAAUUCUUAUCAAUUACAAUCACAAUCUAACCUAUUUAUUAGUUACAUAACCAUGUAUCAAUCGUGUACAAGGUGUGUUGAAUUUCAUUCAACACUCUGAACUUACCUCGGAGCUUCCAUGGCUGCUCACGCUUUCCAUGUUGAUGAAGAACUGUGUUGAAGCUUCCCCUGGCUUCUUGAGUCUUCUCAAACCUUUUGAAUCUUCCUGAAUCCUCUGGGUUCUUACCAAUCAAGCUUAUUUUCAACAUCCCCCUUAAGCUUGAUGUUCUGGGAUUUUUUUAUUUUGGCAAUAUGGGUGAAUGCUUCGCCAUAGUCGAUUUCUUUUCUGUGCUUGUAUUUUUUUAUUUUUUUAGUUACAAGCCUGGCUUUAUUCCCUUAAACUUUUCUGUAUACGACUGCUGUACAAUUAUUACUGUACCUGGAGCAGGGUUCGAGCAAAUAUCGGCUCCUCCUGAGCUGUUUUUUAAUCCUGCCGAAAUAGUGUUAGGACAGUACUAUUCACCCGUAUAGCACUAUUCACACACAUGACACUAUUCCUCCGUAUGACACUAUUCAUCCGUAUAAUAUUGUUUACUUAUACGGUUGAACCAUACCACACAUGGUACCAUCCACACUGAAUAAUUUCUCCUUAGUGGAAGUAAUUAUUGAUGCCAGGUGAUUAAGACUGUAAUAAAGAAGCCGACAGCUUUUUUCCUUUUCUUUUUUACUUUUGACUCCUUUUCUUCCUUGUUUCUUUUCUUCUUCUUUUUGCAGCUUCUGCGUGUUCUUGUUCAAACAAAAGAGUACAACGCAAUACUUCAAACAGCUCGGGGGAGCUCGUUUCAAAUCCGAAUUUGAUGCUGUUUGGGGCAAUGACUUCGUAUUGUUGAGAGGAUUCUGAUUCUACUCUCAAAACUUUGAUUUGAGCAAAUCAAUCUCUGGGCAGCGGCUCUUUGGGCUGCACAUGACUACAUGAGGGCCACACCGAAAUUUUCCGGCGGCGGAAAGGCUCCUCAACGAUCUUCUGGGUCCGACGAACUCAUUUAUCGUGUCAAAAUGUGUUUUCGAUUAUUUCGAAAUGUCGGCCUUCAAACCAGUGGUUGUUUCGACUGGUCUUUGCGAUUGUUGUUGGCCCCGAUCUUGGGCUCUAAUACCAAAGUUUGUUGGGGACAGCGGAAGUAUGAAUGGAUUUGCCCAACAAAUUAUAAAUAUAAUUGAAUGAUUUUUGCAGAGAAUAUGAUAGAAUUUUAUUAACACAAAGUGUUUACAAUGAUUUAUGAACUAUACAAAGUUGCUGCUCUUGUAUUUGCUUCUAAACUUCUCUAAUCUUUUUUCUUAUAUUGCGACACGUCGUCAUGUUCUAUUUAUUGAUAUCACAGUUUUGCAACGUAGCGCGAUUGUAAUUUAUUUGAAGGAAAAAAAUGUUUACACUAACGGUGUAAAGAAUUUAUUCUCUAUAUCUAUCUCUCAGAUUUUUCUUCAUUUCUCAUCAAUUACAAUGACAAUCUGUUGAAUUUCGGUCAAAGACUCCGAACUUACCUCGGAGCUUCCAUGGCUGCUCACGUUUUCCAUGUUGAUGAAGAACUGUGUUGAAGCUUCCUCUGGCUUCUUGAGUCUUCUCAAACCUUUUGCAUCUUCUUGAAUCCUCUGGGUUCUUACCAAUCAAGCUUAUUUUCAACAUAGAUAGCCAGAAAACUGUUGGAGCAAGCAUGAAUCCAAUCUCCUUGCAAUGGCCACCAUGAUCCCGUACUGUGGGUGUAUUUCUCCUUGGUCUUUGUACUUGUACUCAUAUGUUGAAUGAGAACCCAUCUUGAAUAAGCAUUACUUGUAUCU